AUGGAUGCAGAUAACACACUAGCGGGCGGCGCAAUAAACAGCAUCUCUGCAUCUACAGCUCGUUGUAUCGUGGCCUUCGAGCGUUGCUCCUCAAUUGAGAGAGCUCUCUUUCGCAAAGAGAACUGGACGGAUCAUGAAUUUGCUCGAUUUCGGGUAUGGUACUCAAAUCUUGGAGCCCUGGCGAUUGGAGAUGAUUCCGCCGAAUAUCGACUGCGUGAUUGCGGGGAGCGCCGAGAGGAUAUACUGAAUCUAUUGAAUAUAAUCGGUAUCAAUCUCUAUCAUAUUGCAAGCAAUAACAGCGAUGUCCAAGACGAUAUUAGCACGGGGGAAGACAUUUCUAGCACCACAUCGUCAAUAUCCAUCACACUUUCCUCUCUGGCAAACUCUAUCUCAGAGAGUUCGAAGUCAACUACAUUCAAGUCAGUUUCAGAGGCUCGUGACGAAGUUGAGCAAUCCAUUUCUCGGCUCCAGAGACUCGAAGAGACUCUGCGACAUUCCGGCCGUCGACUUGUAUGUCUCAAGGAAGUUGGCUUCGACGACGGAGAUGACAAUGAAUUGGUAUUUAUGAAGCUGUCAACGGCAGUCGUCAAGUUACAUUAUCCAUCUGCAGAGAUCUGGUUCCAAGACCGAGUUGCCCGUUCACUUGCACAUCGUAGGAAUAUACUUGCUUAUCGCAGAUCGAGUAUGAGGUCUACCAGGAAUGAGGGAAGUACUCAUAUCAUACUUAGGCCAUAUUCAGCCAGCUCAUCGACUAGUUCAAUUAUCGUAGAAGAAAGUAGAGCGAAAAAAUUAGGGAAGAAGGGCAUUCGCUUGAACGAUAUCGUUGGGAGGGGAAAGAACAUCAAUGCAAAGGAAGGACAUAUCAGCGAGUCAAAAGAAAGCGUUGUCGAAGAUGCUGUCGAAAAAGACAAAAAAGGGAAAGGGAUGCUAAAAGCAGGAUCCCAAAAAAAUGUGGAAAGUGUGCCGCAAUCCAACCGACUCCAUUUGAGGACGCCGAGAGGGGACAGUAGUGCGGAUGCACCGGACCUGGAAGGCUUGCACGAGAAGUGGCUUCGGGCAUCAGAAGAGUAUCUUUCUGAAGAUAAACUCAGAUUUCCUGCCGAGCCCACGGUUGACAGAGAUGACGACUAUUUCGAAUGUCCAUAUUGCUUCAUUAUCUGCCAUUCGAAGACUGCAUCUGGCGAACAUUGGACAGAACAUGUGCUGAAAGACUUGGCUCCAUACAUCUGCGUUUCUAGACAUUGCAAAGAGGCCGAUGCAAUAUUCGAGACUAGAUUCGAUUGGAUUGAACACAUCCGGACAGAGCACACUAAUCCACAUUGGAUAUGCAUGGCCCCCGCUCACGGCCCUCAAAAAUUUGCCACUGAAUCGAUGUUCCUAAAUCAUAUGAAAGACAAACACGCUGGAACUUUCCCACCGUCACAGUUGUCAGUGAUAGCAGACAUGAGCCUUCGCCCCAGUACUGAAAUAGUCGAAACAUGCCCAUUCUGCAGUAAAGUCCUUGAGGAAGUUAUUCAAGCAAGCAAUGAUCCUAUAACGAAAUUUACUGUACUAGAAAUGCACAUUUCACGCCACAUGGAGAUUCUUGCCCUAUUGUCGCUUCUAUGGCUUGAAGCCAAAGACGAAGAUGCAUCUCACAGUGAUGAAGGUUCACUCGCGACAGACAAUAUGGAUGCAAUGCCAGAAGCACAUCAGAAAAUAAAACGGGGCUCCUUCUUACGCCGUUUCAUACGCAAGAUACGAACAAGAAGUCGCAGGAUAGCUCUGACAUUCAGCCGGGAAAACCCACCUUUGACGACAUUCACCAGCGAACGAGACGACACCUCGCUUACUCUUGGUCGACCGAGUCGUCUAGACAUCCCCAAGGCACCUCGCUCAUUGGCGGAAAACACAUCUCAGGCUGAUAGCUUUACAAGUCUUGCAAUCAACGAUUAUGAUUUCGAUAUCAACACGGAACAAGGCUUUGACAUUAUGAUGUUCACUUCAUCAGCAGUCAUGAUCAAGACACCAUCAGGAGAAUUGAAGGCAGUAAAGCUUUUCUAUGACACAGGGUCUACAAGCAAUUGGGCUUCUGAGCGCUUUGUGCAAACUUUCGGCUUUCAAAAGCGACCAAUACUACCAGAUGACUUAGCAACGUACGCUACGAUCAAGGGCGAGUAUACACCGCGACAUUAUGUUAUGUUAGAGUUGCAGGAUAGGUCUCGAGGAAUGGAAGCGUUCGAGAAAUUAUCUUUUAAUGUUACACCCUCAUUGGACGGAAUUGGACUCAUCAUUGGGAGCGCCUCUAUGCAUAAGUAUAGAAUUGCUAUCAGCAAUCCUCUUUAUCGUGACAGGCAUGUCACAACAAGCCGUGAAGCAGAUGCUGCUACGAAAGAGACUCAGAGACGAUUCUUCGAGAAGGCGUUGAAAGAAGUGAAUGCAGCAUACAAAUUGGAAAAAGGCUUAGCUGCGUCAGCUACUGAACCCUCAACCACGGGACCCUCCACAUACCCAUCUGGCGCGGGUUCUCAAGGUUACCUCGACACAGUGUCCUCUCGGACUAGCGAGGAUUCAGAGACGAGUUCUAGUAGCAGAGGAACAUUGCCCGCUUUGAUAAUCGAACGACUUUCGCAACAUGGACAAGGUCCGGCCCAAGAACGCUGGUCCAUAGACUCCAGCGGAUCAAUCAAGCCCUGGUCAAUGGCUAGGGAAAACACUGGCACAGGGCAGCAUGAUCUCAAAGCCCAGGCUGAGUCGGCUCAUAGCAGCACCUAUGGUACCAUGGGUGGCCCAAGCAUUGAGAAAAGUGUUGAGUUGCCGAGUUGGGUAGUACCUGAUGCUUCCGCGAAUAGCUUAGAGUUUACCUCCUCCGCAGUGAUGGUCAAAGAACCAUCAGGCGAAAAGCGAGCCGAGAAGCUGUGGUAUGACCCGAUGUCCGUAGACAGCUGGGUUUCGGAGAAGUUCUUGAAAGACUGCGGUUUAACAAAACGACCACUCCUAGAGAAAGACGUCUGGGUGUACAGCACAGUGAAGGGGGAUGUCACUGCCACACACUAUGUCGAUGUUGAGCUUAAGGACAGCGGACGUGGGAUGAGGGAGUUCGAUACUCUGAGAAUGAAUGUCACGCCACACCUUGAUGGCAUUGGACUACUCGCUGGUCGUAUUUUCAUGAACAAGCACACAGUUGUCCUCACCCCGGGACAACGAGACAUCUAUGUGACAACGAGGCGCAAACCAAAUGCUGAAGAGUUAGAAGAACACAGAAAAGUGAUGCAGCAAGCUGAGGACGAGUUUGAACAGGCAGAGGCAUUGGUGUCCACAGCUGCAUCCACCUCGGAUCCGACCGCAGCGUCGACGACGGACGAGCAUCUCGCAGGCUCGUCGCAGACGAGUACUUCGGCCCUAGAGUCUCCCGAUGUCGACCCCAAAGGGUCGAAGACAUGA